AAAAACUUAGCCAAUGAUGCCCUAUUUUUAUCUUGAAUUUGGUGGUAUUAUAAAUUGAGUUAGGGUUUUACACUCUUUUAACAGCCGUCGACAUUCGCAACAAGCAGGCUGCUGAGAGAUCGUUCGUAUCACUUAUAAUCAACCGAUCAAGUUGCUGCUACUAGUAUAAAUUGCCAAGAUGCAAAACGAGGAGGGGCAAAACAUGGAUCUCUACAUCCCCAGGAAGUGCUCUGCCACUAAUAGGUUGAUCACUUCAAAAGAUCAUGCAUCUGUUCAGAUUAACGUUGGCCACUUGGAUGAGUCCGGUCUUUACACUGGCCAGUUCUCUACUUUUGCCCUCUGUGGUUUUGUACGAGCCCAGGGAGACGCUGAUAGUGCACUUGACCGGCUGUGGCAGAAGAAGAAAGUCGAAGCACGCCAAUAGUUACUUUACCAGUUUGGUGUUUGGUUUCAUGACAAUUUGUAUGUCUCAAAUUUCAGUUAUUACAUCACGUUUCUUGUUUAACGUCUAUCUUAUUUGGGAGUCAUGAGGCGUACAGCAUCCAAGUACCAUCUCAUCAUUGGUGUUGAAUGUUUUUUAUGAUGACUGAUCUUUCUGCCUUUGGUAUUCUUUGAUUGUGUGAUGCUUGAGACUUUGUAGUAGCCUACAAAAACUUCAUGGCUGUUCA